AUGUGGACAGGGAGCGCGUACCUGGAUUACUUCGCCGCCGAGUGCCUAGUGGCCAUCGCCGCGGGCGCUGUGGUGCACGGCCACCGGCCGGACCCCGAGGGCGCGGGCGCCGCCACAGCAGGCGUCCAGGAGGGGGAGGCGCGACCCGAGCGCUCUGGCCUGGGACCCCCGGGGCCCGCAGUGCUGCCUGAGCUCUCCUGGGCCCCCGCACCCAACCCAGGCGAGCCAACCACGGCUGCGUCCCACCUGUUGGCUGCCAACGUCCUGGCAGAGUGGCGCGGCGCCUUCGAAGAGGGCUCUGCGGGGCCCGCGGGGGUCCCUUCCCCAGCUCCUGUCCCUCGAGUCCUGGGGCCGCUUGCCACCACCAGACCAGCUCCAGCUCCUGGUGCAGCUGCACUAUCUGACCCGGCGCGCUCCUGGGCUGCGGGUUCUAGCGCAUCCUCCUACCCUGGUGUUUAUCCAGGUAUCCCGGGUCCCCUGGGGGUCCGGCCUACUCCCACGGUGGGUACAAGCACCCGCAGGCGGCCUGUCACUCCCGCUGCCAAGCGCCACCGCUGCUCCUUCUUGGGCUGCAACAAAGCUUACUACAAAUCAUCACAUCUGAAGUCCCACCAGCGCACCCACACAGGUGAGCGGCCUUACUGCUGUAACUGGCUCGACUGCGACAAGAAGUUUACGCGUUCUGAUGAGCUGGCACGCCAUUACAGGACCCACACAGGUGAGAAACGCUUCUCCUGCCCCCUCUGCCCCAAGCAGUUCUCCCGCAGCGACCACCUGACGAAGCACGCCCGUCGACACCCAGCCUAUCGUCCUGACAUGAUAGAGUACCGGGGGCGUCGUCGCAAUGCCCAGCCUGCAACCCCAGGGGCCAUCUUGGAACCAGGCCAAGUCAACGACUUCAGCACCUGCUUGUAG